CGGUGACGACGAACAUUUUAUUAGGGCGGACCAACAUGGCCGCGCUGAGGAGGAUAACAACUUGCGUCCGUCUCCUCAGGAGUUCAGCUCGUGUCCUGUUCAGCAGCAUCAAACCUGCAGCACAUAAAGCGGGGAAAUGGACCAGUAUUCUGUACACAGGUGUGGCGUCUGUAACUGUGGGCGCUGGGCUGUGUGCUGUACCUUUCAAACAGGUUGAAAACCUCUCCCAUGACUCUCUGAUCAGACGAGCAGCCUCUCUGGUUACAGACAGCUCAAGCACUUUUCUCUCCCAGACCACUCUGGCUCUCAUAGAUGCCAUCACAGAGUACUCAAAAGCUGUGCACACACUCAUUGCCCUUCAAAGACGAUAUUUGGAUUCACUGGGGAGACUGACUUCAGCAGAAGAAAAUACCAUCUGGCAGGUGAUCAUUGGCCAGCGUUCAGAGAUUAGUGACAGACAAGAUCUUUGCAAGCGUUUUGAGUCAUCCUGGGUCAACGCAGUCAAGCUGUGUGAGACGGCAGCCGAAGCAGCCUACGCCUCAGGAGCUGAGCAUGCAUCCAUCACAGUGAGGACAAACAUUCAAGUGGCCCUUUCGCAGGUGGAGGAGGCACAGAAAAUGUCAUUGGAAGCAGAUAAAAAGUUGGCCGAGACUAAAGUAAUGGAGGUUGAAAGGAUGUCCGCACAGAGUAACAGCGAUGAGGAAGAAGUGCCUGAGGCUUAUCUAAGAGAAGACUGAAACAAAUGCUAUCACAAAAAAAGUAUUAAAAAGUUUGCUUUCAAAGUAAAUUACUUUUUUUCUCAUCAUCCUUACAACGUCUUCUCUCUUUUAGGGUCUUUAAUAUGCUGUGACUUCUUGUGUAGAUUUCGCUCACAUGUAUGUGUUUAAAUCUGCAGAAAAUCUGAAAAAAGUGCAUCACACAAAAUAAGGAAGUGUCCACAUUCAGCACCUCCUUAAGACUAUUUAUUUGAAUAAUGAUUAAGACCUUUGUCUGCAGCAUAGGGGAUAAUGUUUUCGAUCCAUUGUGUAUUGUGAGUUGACAACAUCAAAUGUUUGUGGUUUUUUUUAAAUCAUUACAAUAAAGACAAGACACGGUAUAA